AUGACGGAGCAGAGACUGGGAGUGACGGAGCAGAGACUGGGAAUGAUGGAGCAGAGACUGGGAAUGAUGGAGCAGAGACUGGGAAUGAUGGAGCAGAGACUGGGAAUGAUGGAGCAGAGACUGGGAAUGAUGGAGCAGAGACUGGGAAUGACGGAGCAGAGACUGGGAAUGACGGAGCAGAGACUGGGAAUGACGGAGCAGAGUCUGGGAAUGACGGAGCAGAGACUGGGAAUGACGGAGCAGAGACUGGGAAUGAUGGAGCAGAGACUGGGAAUGACGGAGCAGAGACUAGGAAUGACGGAGCAGAGACUGGGAGUGACGGAGCAGAGACUGGGAAUGAUGGAGCAGAGACUGGGAAUGACGGAGCAGAGACUAGGAAUGACGGAGCAGAGACUGGGAAUGACGGAGCAGAGACUGGGAAUGACGGAGCAGAGACUAGGAAUGACGGAGCAGAGACUGGGAAUGAUGGAGCAGAGACUGGGAAUGAUGGAGCAGAGACUGGGAAUAACGGAGCAGAGACUGGGAAUGAUGGAGCAGAGACUGGGAAUGAUGGAGCAGAGACUAGGAAUGACGGAGCAGAGACUGGGAAUGAUGGAGCAGAGACUGGGAAUGAUGGAGCAGAGACUGGGAAUGACGGAGCAGAGACUAGGAAUGACGGAGCAGAGACUGGGAAUGACGGAGCAGAGACUGGGAAUGAUGGAGCAGAGACUGGGAAUGACGGAGCAGAGACUAGGAAUGACGGAGCAGAGACUGGGAAUGAUGGAGCAGAGACUGGGAAUGAUGGAGCAGAGACUGGGAAUGAUGGAGCAGAGACUGGGAAUGAUGGAGCAGAGACUGGGAAUGAUGGAGCAGAGACUGGGAAUGAUGGAGCAGAGACUGGGAAAGACGGAGCAGAGACUGGGAAUGACGGAGCAGAGACUAGGAAUGACGGAGCAGAGACUGGGAAUGAUGGAGCAGAGACUGGGAGUAACGGAGCAGAGACUGGGAAUGAUGGAGCAGAGACUGGGAAUGAAGGAGCAGAGACUGGGAAUGACGGAGCAGAGACUGGGAAUGAUGGAGCAGAGACUGGGAAUGACGGAGCAGAGACUGGGAAUGACGGAGCAGAGACUGGGAAUGACGGAGCAGAGACUGGGAAUGAUGGAGCAGAGACUGGGAAUGAUGGAGCAGAGACUGGGAAUGAUGGAGCAGAGACUGGGAAUGAUGGAGCAGAGACUGGGAAUGAUGGAGCAGAGACUGGGAAUGACGGAGCAGAGACUGGGAAUGACGGAGCAGAGUCUGGGAAUGACGGAGCAGAGACUGGGAAUGACGGAGCAGAGACUGGGAAUGACGGAGCAGAGACUGGGAAUGACGGAGCAGAGACUGGGAAUGACGGAGCAGAGACUAGGAAUGACGGAGCAGAGACUGGGAAUGACGGAGCAGAGACUGGGAAUGAUGGAGCAGAGACUGGGAAUGACGGAGCAGAGACUGGGAAUGACGGGCAGAGACUGGGAAUGA